ACUGUGGAUUGCUUGAGAAGCUCAGGAUUUCUACGUCGAAUUGUACAUGAGAAUGGACUGAAUUGAAAUCAUGGUCGUGAAUUCUGUUCAUUGGUUUCGAAAAGGGCUGCGACUUCACGAUAAUCCGGCUUUAGAGGAAGCCUUAAAUGGCGCUGAUACAGUGCGCUGUGUUUAUAUUUUGGAUCCGUGGUUUGCUGGUUCUGCCAACGUGGGAGUGAACAGAUGGAGAUUUUUGUUGGAGUCUUUAGAGGAUCUGGACACAAGUCUAAGGAAACUGAACUCGAGGCUUUUUGUAGUACGAGGUCAACCUACGGAUGUGUUUCCAAAGCUCUUCAAGGAGUGGAACGUCACCCGCCUGACCUUUGAGUAUGACUCUGAGCCGUACGGAAAGGAGCGCGACGGUGCCAUCAUUAAAAUGGCCCAGGAAUUUGGCGUGGAGACAAUAGUGAGGAACUCUCACACGCUCUACAACCCCGACAGGAUCAUUGAGAUGAACAAUAACAGCCCCCCAUUGACCUUCAAGCGAUUCCAGGCCAUCAUAAACAAACUGGAGUUACCCAGGAGACCCCUGCCAACCAUCACCAAGGAACAGAUGGACAGGUGCAGGACCAAGAUCUCUGACAACCACGAUGAACACUACAGCGUUCCCUCUCUCGAGGAACUGGGGUUUAAGAACCAGGGCCAGAGUGCAGCAGUGUGGAAGGGAGGGGAGACGGAGGCUCUGGAGAGACUCAGUAAACACUUAGACAGAAAAGCCUGGGUGGCGAAUUUUGAGCGUCCUCGAAUAAACAGCAGUUCGCUGUUCGCUAGCCCCACCGGUCUCAGUCCGUACCUCCGCUUUGGGUGUUUGUCAUGUCGCGUCUUCUACUACAACCUCCGGGAACUCUACAUGAAGUUGAGGAAACGCUCCAGCCCCCCUCUCUCAUUGUUCGGCCAGCUGCUGUGGAGGGAGUUUUUCUACACGGCCGCCACCAACAACCCCAACUUUGACCGCAUGGAGGGUAACCCCAUCUGCGUGCAGAUCCCCUGGGACCACAACCCUGAGGCGUUGGCCAAGUGGGCUGAGGGCCGGACGGGUUUCCCCUGGAUUGACGCCAUCAUGACCCAGCUUAGGGAAGAGGGUUGGAUCCACCACCUGGCCCGACAUGCUGUGGCCUGCUUCCUGACCCGCGGAGACCUUUGGAUCAGCUGGGAGAGAGGGAUGAAGGUGUUUGAAGAGCUGCUGCUGGAUGCAGACUGGAGUGUGAAUGCAGGCAGCUGGAUGUGGCUCUCAUGCAGUGCUUUUUUCCAACAGUUCUUUCAUUGUUACUGCCCUGUUGGCUUUGGCCGCAGAAUCGACCCCAGCGGAGAAUACAUAAGGAGAUACAUCCCAAAGCUGAAGGACUACCCCAACCGUUACAUCUACGAGCCAUGGAAUGCUCCAGAGUCUGUGCAGAAAGCAGCCAACUGUGUAGUGGGUGUGGACUACCCCAAACCCAUGAUCAACCACGCAGAGAGCAGCCGUCUCAACAUUGAGAGAAUGAAGCAGGUCUACCAGCAGCUCUCUCACUACAGAGGCCUUAGUCUGCUUGCAUCAGUUCCCACAAUCCAGGAAGAGGCAGAACCGCCCACAUCAGAUGACUCCUCCCAAGCCAGCAGCAGCACCAGCGGACCUGUUCCUACUCCUGCAUCCACCCCUACCCCUGACCCCGCCUCCACCCAACAGCAGCAGCAACAACAACAACAACAAGCAGCAAUAGCAGCCAUCCCCGCUCAGAGGAAGAGAGGCAGACCAGCAGAAUUACAGAGCACCCAAAAGUCUAAAGUUCAACACACCAGCCAGGCCAAAGCAGAUGACCAAUCAGAGGACAAGCAGUGACCACAGAUGCUGCCAGAUGCUAUCUUGGAAGAUUCACACAUACCGCAGAGAAGUAGAUUUGUCUCUCUUCACUUCCCAGAAAAACCAUCCAGCAGAUAAAAGGAGUUUUGCCCUCGCUCACUGCUUCAUGAUCUCCACUGACUUCAGCAAAACCUGAUUAGCCAUAGCAAAAACAACAAACAGCAACAAAGCAGUACGAAUGCCAAUAACAAACAGUGCGGUGACGCGGAGCGUCUUAGAGCUAGCGCUGCAGAUUUUUUGUUUUUUUUGUUUGUUUUUUUUUUCCUUUCCCUCUCAGCGUUCCCAAAUCUGCUUUUGUAAUAGUUUUACAGUUUUGAAUUUUUCAACCAAACAUUUAUAAGCGUGUCUAUAACGGUUUUCAUGGCUCACCGAUGCUUGUUUGUACAGUAGGGGUAAAUCUAACUUUGAUCAGAAGGCAGAGCUGAAAAUGGUACAGUUUCGACCAUUCGCUAAGGGCAUGUAAUUUCAUCGAUUAUUUGUGAAAUAUAGCUAUAUUUGAUAUGUACGGACUGCACCUUUAUGCAGUUAAAGUGAUUGUUGUUAAUAUUAAUAAAAGUUGAGUUAUAUUGAACUGUAUCGAAAUGCUGACCUGGGAAUAACUAAACCAGUGGUAUUUUUAAGGAGUAUUUCACAAAGCAAGAUCACCUAUUGGACAAUCAAGGCUUUUCAGAGCACAUACAUUAAAAGGAUCAGACUUACUGAAAAAUCUUGCCUUCUGAAAUAGCCCUGCUAUCUGCAAAUGUGGAGGGGGGGGGGAUUAUAAUCAUGUGCCCAGCAGCAUUACAAUUUAAGUACUAAGGAAUUAGCCCUCCCUGCCCGCUUUUACAUUUCUAUCCAACAUGAAAUAAAGACAAUAUCCAGUCCUAAAAUAGUAACAAACUGCAAUAUUCAUAUUCUGGUCGUCUUAUCUGAACUGUUUUUUUUGUUUUGUUUUGGGUUUUUUUUUAUCCUCAAAUCACUCGUCAUAGACAACAUGUACCUUUCCAUCUGUCACUAAAUAUUGUACAUUCCACACAAACAUGUGCAUUCACAGUAAUUUAAAGUGUCCUCCUGCUAAGUGGAAUAGCUUUAUUUAUUUUAUUGUAAUUUUUUUUUUUUUGUAUUGUACAAAAGAGUUUAUUUUCAUUAAAGCGCUGAUGUACUCAUGACCCAUUCUGUGCGGAGGCAUUAAUUUAUUAAAGCCCGUUAUACCACUCGCUUCUCUUAACCUUGGCCGUCAUUUUGGUGACAUAUUGCAUCUACAAUAUUUCAC